UAACGCCUAAUGUCCUCCCUCUCCCUCCUCUCAUAUCCGUCUUUAGUUUCAGCAAGCAUUGAUUCGCAGGCUCUUCCUCCAUUCCCCCUUCCUCUCAUAACGAAGAAGAAUAAAAAAAGGAGCAUUUAUCUCUCAAACUCAACGAAUUCCCACACAAAACUGAAAUUCUCAUCACCGAAAUGAAAUUAUGGGCCAAAAUAAUCUCCGGCGCGAUUCCCUCCUUCUUCAUCCUCGCCCUCUUCCUCCUCCUAUAUCGCCGGCGGUGGAGGCGUCAACAGCUGCUCAUCAGCCCCCAAGCUAGCAUCCACUUCUCAGAACCCGCCCCUAAAUACAAAUUCGACUCCUUCAACUCCAACAUCAACAAGCUCAUCUUACCACACAAAUCCGGCACUUCGGCCCGCAACAGCCUCCGCUUCCACCAUCUCGACAGCCCGUUUCCACCGCCGGAGACCACCUUCCGGUGGGAAAACCAUCCCCGCCUCAUCGCCGUGGCUGUUGAGAACGGCUGGCAAAGCUUCGCUUUUUCCAACACCAUCCCUCGCUCGCCAUCUUCAGCCGCACUUUGGGCCCUCUGCGUCACAUGCGAUGGCGGAACACAGCCUAAAUCGCCGGGAAUCAGCUGGGAGCUCCCCGCCGGUUCGUCGGAGCUCAUGCAAGCCGUUAGACUUAAUCCGCCACAGAAGAAUAACGCCGACGAGCCAUCCUUUUCUUGGGUUCGAACAGGCCUCCCACUCCCCGGACCGGCCUUGGGAGGCGGUUCAUUUCCCCAAGAAGCUUAUUUUGAAAUCACCAUCGUCUUCCUCAAGCAGCCUGUUUUAACCACUAGGAAGAGCAUGAAGAAUCGUGAAAGCGAUCGAGCCAAACUAAUCAGAGAUAAUUCAAUGGGCGCUCGCUCUGUUUCCUCAAACUCGAAUUUUGCUGCAGAGGAAGGAAUAUCAGUCGGCAUCGGUGCCAUUGCCUUGGGGCUAACCAGCAGUAUUGCCCUGCCGAUCAAAUUCAUGCCAGGAACUUAUCCUGGAUCAAUUGGGUUCCACUCAAAUGGUUCCCUUUUCCUUGAUGAGAGAAAACUGGUGUUUGAGUCUGAAACAGCAGAAUGGGCAGCCGUCAACAAAGUGAUUGGCUGCGGUUUCGCACCGAGCAAGAACAGGGUAUUCUUCACAGUAGACUCUCAGGUUGCGCAUGUCAUCCGAUGUAACUCAGAGGCAUAUAGCAGUCCUCUGUUUCCUUUUCUGGCGGCCAACGUGGAGACCAAAUUGCUUGUGAAUUUGGGGCAAGCGCCGUUCAAGUACACGCCGGCAAACGCCGCGCGCACCACGAACCCCUGCUUUUUCCGGCCGCUUACCGGCGAAGAAGCUGGAGAUCUCAAGAUAGGAUCGGUGGUCAAUAGUCAGGAACUUUUCUCUGUCGCACGGAUAGAAACAGAGUCGAUCGGUCAUGGCGGAAGAAGGAAGAACCAGAAUAGUAGCAUGAGUUGUAAAAAGAGCAGUGGAAGCUCUGAAGAUGUUCUAGAUGGAGAGUCCGAUCUGUUUGAGAUUGUGUUGCAGAGAUGAAGCAGCAUUGGAGACUCCGCAGGGAGAAGCCGGCGUUGUAGAGUUUAGCGAAUCCUUCAUUCAUAGGUGAGCCAAUUGUCAGUAUGGAUACACCGAAGAAUAAGGGAGAGAUCAAGUAAUAGGAAAAUUCAGCAUCAAUAAUAUAUAUAUAUAUAU